UUAGCGCCGGCGUCCUCGUGCCCGUCUGAGCUGCAAACAUUUGCAGAAGUGAACCACAGUGUUCGGAUAUAUCUGCACCCGGCGCCCGCACCGCGCCGUUGAGAAAGCAGCGAUGCCCAAGCGCGAGCCCGUAGUCGCCGCCGGCGGACGCACUUAAUGAAGUAUGGGAAUGCGCCGGGCAGUUGUCGUGCGUUUGUGAAUGCCCCCCAAAACCCCCGCGGUUUUAGCAGCAGACGCGUUUCGGUCUGCUCCAUCUACGGUAGUCGGUAGCUGACCGACUGCAAGUGGCCAAGCGGCACGUUCCUUCGUCUCUCGGAGGCGGUAGCUGCUCUCGUGAACAUUUCGAGGGAAUUUCGAGGAAAUAAUGGUUGCGGUGCAGAAGCCUUGAUCUCUCCACGCCAGCCGGAGCCCUCUCGUUUGGAUAUACGCGACCUUAGGAAGGAGCGCGAGCGCGACCGUGACCAGAGCCUUGCUGAGUUGGAGCAUGAACGAGGAAAUUAACUGCAGCUUGCUGUUUCGUGUAAGAAACAUGUGAAGUCAGCAUUGAAGAUCUAGGAAGAGACCACAGAGCUACCUUUAGGACCUUGGUGGGAAGGUUCCACCUUCCAGUAAACCCGGCGAGACUUCUCCUUCCGUGUCCCGUGACCUUCGACCUCGUGUGCCCCUCGGAUCAUGGCGGGCCGACGAGAACCGCAGAGGACGGCGGGUACGUCCUGGGCCCGGGCGCUGGCCUUGUGCAGCUCCGUCCUGAUGCUGUCCCACGCUGGGACGUGCGUGGGACAGACGUUCACCACGUUUCACCCCGAGCGGCGGGAAUGGUCCUUCAACCACCUGACCGUCCACCAGAUGACAGGUGCGCUUUACAUCGGUGCCGUCAACCGCGUCUACAAGCUCUCCGGGAACCUGACCCUGCUGGUGUCCCAUGACACCGGGCCGGAGGACGACAACAAAGCCUGCUACCCGCCCCUCAUCGUCCAGCCGUGCUCUGAGCCGCUCGUCCCCACCAACAACCUCAACAAGCUGCUCCUCAUCGACUACUCCCAGAACCGGCUGCUGGCCUGCGGGAGCCUUUACCAGGGCGUGUGCAAACUGCUCCGGCUAGACGACCUCUUCAUCCUGGUGGAGCCGUCGCACAAGAAGGAGCACUACCUCUCCAGCGUCAACCAAACAGGCACCAUGUACGGCGUCAUCGUGCCCUCACAGGGCAAAGACGGGACGCUUUUCAUCGGCACCGCUGUCGACGGGAAACAGGACUACUUCCCGACCAUCUCCAGCCGGAAGCUGCCCCGAGAUCCGGAGUCCUCGGCCAUGCUGGACUACGAGCUGCACACCGACUUCGUCUCCUCGCUCAUCAAGAUCCCGUCGGACACGCUGGCACUGGUCUCCCACUUCGACAUCUAUUACAUCUACGGAUUUGCCAGCGGCAACUUUGUCUACUUCCUGACUGUGCAACCGGAGACGCCGGAAAACGGCAUGGCCUCCAGCGGCUCUCCCAGCGACCUCUUCUACGCCUCGCGCAUCGUGCGCCUCUGCAAGGACGACCACAAGUUCCACUCCUACGUGUCGCUGCCUGUGGGCUGCGUGCGCAAUGGCGUGGAGUACCGGCUGUUGCAGGCCGCCCACCUGGCCAAGCCGGGCCGCGUGCUCGCCGCCGCGCUCAACAUCAGCGCCUCCGACGACGUCCUCUUCACCGUCUUCUCCAAAGGCCAGAAGCAGUACCACCGGCCGCCCGACGACUCCGCCCUCUGCGUCUUCACCAUCAAAAACAUCAACGCCCGCAUCAAGGAGCGCCUGCAGUCCUGUUACCAGGGCGAGGGCAACCUGGAGCUCAAUUGGCUGUUGGGAAAAGAUGUGCAGUGCACCAAGGCGCCGGUGCCCAUUGACGACUCCUUCUGUGGCCUGGACAUUAACCAGCCGCUCGGCGGCUCCCAGCUGGUGACCGGACACAUGCUGUACACAGAGAGCCGCGACCGCAUGACUGCCGUGACCUCCUACGUCUACAACGGCUACUGCGUGGCCUUCGUGGGCACUAGGACCGGGCAGCUGAAAAAGAUCCGCGUGGACGGCCCUCUGCAUGGCGGGGUUCAGUACGAAACCGUGUCUGUCAUUAAGGACAGAAGCCCCAUCCUCCGAGAUAUGGCCUUCUCCCUGGACCGCAACUACCUCUACGUCAUGUCUGAGAGACAGGUGACGCAGCUUCCCGUGGAGGCGUGCGGCCAGUACGGGACCUGCCGGGAGUGUCUGAGCUCGGGGGACCCGCACUGCGGCUGGUGUGCACUGCACAACAUGUGUUCUCAGCGGGAUAGAUGUGAACGAGCCAAUGAACCAUACCGCUUUGCAGGCACUCUGAACCAGUGCAUGAAGGCCACUGUGUACCCUGACAGCAUUGCAGUUUCUGAACCUAGUGUACCGCUGCUGGUCAAGGUGACAGAUGUUCCGGAUCUUUCCGCGGGAAUCACCUGCUCCUUUGGGAACCUGACGGAGGUGGAGGGAACCGUGGAUGGGCAUCACAUCCUGUGCGUCUCUCCCGCUGCUAAAGAUGUCCCUGUUAUUCCGAUGGAUCAAGACUGGUCUGGAGUGGAGCUCAGGUUAAACUCAAAGGAGACGGGUCAGAUGCUCAUCAGCACGGAGAUCAGGUUCUUCAACUGCAGCGUGCACCAGCUGUGUCUGUCGUGUGUGACCAGCUCUUUCCGCUGCCACUGGUGUAAGUAUAGGAGCUUGUGCACCCAUGAUCCCUCCAGCUGCUCUUUCCAGGAGGGGCGAGUCAAUGCUUCAGAGGACUGUCCCCAGCUGGUGCGUUCGGAGGAGAUUCUAAUCCCGGCGGGUGAGGUAAAGCCCAUCACCCUGAAGGCCCGGAACCUUCCGCAGCCGCAGUCUGGCCAGCGCGGCUACGAGUGUGUCCUGCACAUCCAGGGCGUCAGUCACCGGGUCACGGCUCUACGAUUCAACAGCUCCAGCGUCCAAUGCCAGAACAGCUCAUAUCUGUAUGAAGGGAUGCGGAUUAGUGAGCUGCCAGUGGAUUUCUCUGUGGUGUGGAACGGAAACUUCAUCAUUGAUAACCCUGGGAAUAUCCAAGUGCACCUGUACAAGUGCAGCGCCCAGAGGGACAGCUGUGGCAUGUGUCUGAAGGCGGAGAGGAAGUUCCAGUGCGGCUGGUGCAGCAUGGAGGGCCGCUGCACCCUACUCCAGCACUGCCCCAUGUCCAACCCCUACACCACGCGCUGGCUCCACCUGGCCGCCAGCCACGUCAAGUGCACCAACCCGCGCAUCACAGAGGUGACACCGGUAGCCGGCCCUCUGGAGGGGGGGACCCGCGUGACCAUCCAUGGAGUGAACCUGGGGCUGUCCUUCUCUGAGCUAGUGGACAACGUUCAGGUGGCCGGAGUGCGGUGCACCCCGAAAGAGGACGGAUACAUCAUCGCCGAACAGAUCGUGUGCGAGAUGGACGCGGCCCCGGAAGGCACGAAGCCUGGCCCUGUGCAGCUGUGCGUGGGCGAGUGCAAGCCCGAGCUGCAGGCGCGCUCCUCCCAGCUCUACUCCUUCGUGACACCCUCUGUGACGGGACUGUCUCCCAGCCGGGGUCCGGAGUCAGGGGGCACCAAGGUGACCAUCAUGGGCGUGAACCUGGGUGCAGGCAGCAGUGUCAAUGUGCUCUUUGGGAACCAGACCUGCGAGUUCUUUGAGCGGACCAUGACAGAGAUCAUGUGCUACUCUGCUCCCUCGGCGAGCGGCGUGGGCCCCGUGCGGAUCACAGCGAGCGUGGACCGAGCCCAGGUGAAGGAGAGCCUCACCUUUGAGUACAUCGACGACCCCACCGUGCAGCGCAUCGAGCCCGAGUGGAGCAUUGCAAGUGGACACACUCCCCUAGUGGUGACAGGGACCAACCUGGACGUAGUGCAGGAGCCCAGAAUACGGGUCAAGUACGGCGGGCGCGAGUCAGUAAAUGUGUGUAAGGUCUUAAACACCACCACCAUGAGUUGCUUUGCGCCCUCGCUGAUGGCGGAGUACCGGCCCGGUCUGGACUCGGUGAAGCACGCCGACGAGUUUGGUUUCGUCUUCAACAACGUGCAGGCCCUCCUGGUUUACAACAACACCAACUUCCUCUACUACCCAAACCCCUACUUCGAGCCACUCAGUACCAACGGGCUUCUGGAGCAGAAACCGGGUUCCCCCAUCAUUCUAAAGGGGAAGAACCUGGUUCCUCCUGCCUCUGGAGGUGUGAAGCUAAACUACACAGUGCUACUGGGGGACACGCCCUGCUCUGUCACUGUCUCAGACACACAGCUCCUCUGUGAACCCCCGAACCUCACCGGCCAGUACAAAGUCAUGGUGCAGGUGGGCGGGCUCCACGUCUCGCCUGGCUCAGUGCACAUCCUGUCAGACAGUCUGCUCACGCUGCCCGCCAUCGUCAGCAUCGCGGCGGGCGGCGGCCUCCUCCUCAUCAUCGUCAUCCUCGUGCUCAUUGCCUACAAGCGCAAGUCUCGCGAGAACGACCUCACGCUGAAGCGGCUGCAGAUGCAGAUGGACAACCUGGAGUCCCGGGUCGCACUGGAGUGCAAGGAGGCCUUUGCGGAGCUGCAGACAGACAUUAAUGAGCUGACCAGUGAUCUGGACAGGGCUGGGAUCCCUUAUCUGGACUACCGGACCUAUGCCAUGCGCGUUCUGUUCCCCGGCAUUGAGGACCACCCGGUUCUGCGCGAGCUGGAGGUCUCGGGGAAUGGUCAGCAGAGUGUGGAGAAGGCCCUCAAGCUGUUCGCUCAGCUCAUCAACAACAAGGUAUUCCUGCUGACGUUCAUCCGCACGCUGGAGGCGCAGCGCUCCUUCUCCAUGCGCGACCGCGGCAACGUGGCCUCGCUCAUCAUGACGGCGCUGCAGGGCCGUCUGGAGUACGCCACCGACGUGCUCAAACAGCUGCUCUCCGACCUCAUCGACAAGAACCUGGAGAGCAAGAACCACCCCAAGCUGCUCCUGCGCAGGACAGAAUCUGUGGCUGAGAAGAUGCUCACCAACUGGUUUGCUUUCCUCCUCCACAAGUUUCUUAAGGAGUGUGCUGGUGAGCCCCUCUUCAUGCUCUACUGUGCUAUAAAGCAGCAGAUGGAGAAAGGCCCCAUAGACGCCAUCACUGGAGAGGCGCGCUACUCCCUCAGCGAGGACAAACUCAUCCGCCAGCAGAUCGAAUACAAGACAUUGAUUUUGAAUUGCGUGAAUCCAGAUAACGAGAACAGCCCGGAGAUUGCGGUGAAGGUGCUGAACUGCGACACCGUCACGCAGGUGAAGGAGAAGAUCCUGGACGCAGUGUACAAGAACAUGCCCUACUCCCAGAGACCCAGAGCAGUGGACAUGGACCUGGAGUGGCGUCAGGGCCGGAUGGCACGGGUAGUGCUGCAGGAUGAGGACGUCACCACCAAGAUCGAGAACGACUGGAAGAAGCUGAACACUCUCCUGCACUACCAGGUGUCUGACCGCUGUGUGGUGGCCCUGGUUCCGAAGCAGACCUCCUCCUACAACAUCGCUCCCUCCACCAGUAUAUCCCGCACAUCCAUUAGCAGAUACGAUUCGACGUUCCGCUACACGGGAAGUCCGGACAGCCUCCGCUCCCGCGCGCCUAUGAUAACCCCAGACCUAGAGAGCGGUGUGAAGGUGUGGCACCUGGUCAAGAACCACGAGCAUGGAGACCACAAGGAGGGGGACCGGGGCAGCAAGAUGGUCUCCGAGAUCUACCUCACCCGCCUGCUGGCCACGAAGGGCACGCUGCAGAAGUUCGUCGACGACCUGUUCGAGACUCUGUUCAGCACCGUGCACCGCGGCAGCGCACUGCCUCUGGCCAUCAAGUACAUGUUCGACUUCCUAGACGAGCAGGCCGACAAGCACGGCAUCCACGACACAGACGUGCGGCACACGUGGAAGAGCAACUGCCUGCCACUACGGUUCUGGGUGAACGUGAUCAAGAAUCCCCAGUUCGUGUUCGACAUCCAUAAGAGCAGCAUCACGGAUGCCUGCCUCUCCGUGGUGGCCCAGACCUUCAUGGACUCGUGCUCCACCUCGGAGCACCGCCUGGGCAAGGACUCGCCCUCCAACAAGCUGCUGUACGCUAAAGACAUCCCCAACUACAAAAACUGGGUGGAGAGGUACUACGCUGAUAUUAGCAGACUGCCAGCCAUCAGCGACCAGGACAUGAACGCAUACCUGGCUGAGCAGGCAAGGCUCCACUCCAGCGACUUCAACAUGCUGAGCGCCCUGAAUGAGAUCUACUCUUACGUCAGCAAGUACAGCGAAGAGAUCACGGCGGCGCUGGACCAGGACGAGCAGGCCAUGAAGCAGCGUCUUGCCUACAAGGUGGACCAGUUCAUCAGCGCCAUGUCCCUGGAGAGCUGAACGCGGGCGGAGCCUCCGGACCGCGAGAUGCUUCCCCGAAGCCGGACCCCCGCUCCCACCCCCCACCCCAACCCCAAACCCCACCCCGAAGCGCACCGGAGAAGGACCCGACGGAGCCCGGCACCUUCGCCGGCCCGUAGUUUUAUUUCUCUGACGUCGGAGGGGUACCUCGGUGAGGCCGCCGGAGAGAUCCAUAAACUGCAGAGGGACCGCCUUCCGACCCGAGGGCGGAACCGGAGCGGAGGCGCCGCUAAAGAUUUGAAGGUGCUCGCAGAACUUCGGCCCGGCCCGGGGGACUUCUGGGUUCAACCUGCAUGUUUGUUUGGUCCUUUUGACUUUUGUAUUGUUUUGCGCGUCGGCUGGCUUCCUGCGCCCUGCUCUUCGGAGACAGCCCGCCCCUCGGAGACCUGACGGGACUGCUGCUUCCUCUCGUCCUCAGUCACGUCAGCUGGAGGCGCAGGAGGAGAAGAGAAGACAAGACCGGAUGUCUGGCCUUCCGCUUCUGACUGACGGACGACUUUUGCUUCCAGAUUUUCUCUUCCAAACCCUGUGCGUGUUUCUUUCCCUCCUCGGGCGGUGGGCCUCUGGAAUUUUAUCGGCAUACUGACAUUGGUAAUGACGAUGAGGCUUCCCUGCCACGUGCUGUCCACAGCCGGGCUCCAGCCCAGCCUGGUGCCCCAUGAGGCGAAUCCCCACAGGAUCUUGCGGGAUCUUCAGAGGCCACAUGGAAGCGUCCACACGCACAUCGACUGCUGAUCAGUCUCUUUAAGGACGAGGGGUCGAGCCAUCAGGCGUACCUCUGUGACUAUCCAAUAUGUCACAUUUUCUACGUCAGCGUUUGUGAAUGUACACAUUUUCCUCUAUUGUGUCAUUUGAUUUGGUUUUUUUUGGGGGGGGGGUUGAGACAGUUGACCACUGGCGACAGUUGAACUGAUCUCUAUGGCAACAUGGCUGAGAGGGCAUCUAAUGUCCCGUGACCCCUGAGUCCCCUUGAACUUGCUUAUGCACCCUCGGUUGUACUGCCAAAAAGGCUCUGUGCCACUGAAUUACACGAUCUUCACUUAAUGUGGUUUUUCAGUGCAGAGACAGUAGCAGUGAGAUCAGCAGAGAGCCACACUCUUAGAAAGACAGGACUGACCUAAAAUCAGUUCACCUCAGUGCUACCAACCAGGCAGUAUUACCUAUUACAUAUGGUCCUGUGUGUGUGUGUGUGUGUGUGUGUGUGCGCGCGUGUGUGUGGGCGUGUGUGUUUUGCAUGCAUUAUAAAGUACCUCACAAAGCGUCUUCGUUCCCAUCCGCUCCUAUUUUAAGGCGCCGAGGGACCACAUGAGAGGUGCAUGUUCAGCACUCAGAGGAAAGCUGAAGGUCAGUUGUCCCAUCCUGCUACCCUUACUUCCACAAAGCAGCACGAUUACGUGCCAAAAGGUCAUACUGAAUUAUUCACGGGCGCGUCAGGAAUGGUCAGCGCUUUAUUAGGGGAACCGGACCUGAUCUCACACACACAGCGAGGGGUGCCGACAGGCAGGAGAGAGGCCGAGGGGGCGUCUUCCUUACCUCUCUGUCUCCUGCCUCUGCUCCCAGCACAGAGACGAUGGCGGAUACCUCACAGGGGUGUGUAUCUGUGUGCACGACAGUUUUGGUUUUAGGUUUUUUCCCCCCUCCCUCUCUCCCCUUCACUAACAUGAAACACAUCAACCACGUUAAUGAAACCUGGCGCCGCUUUAAAUUCGUCGUGCAAGACGUCGGGCGAAGCUGCAGCUGAGGCAGGUCAGGAACGAAUACGGGCGGGAUCCACGGUGCACAGCUUUCGCCCCGCGAAACAAACGCCGUCUGAACAUCGCCCACCUUCUCCGACACGCGUGAAACAAAAGCGUUUCUUUUUAUGUCGCCGGAGGAAAACCUCAGUUUGCCCCGUAACUGGUGGGGAAGCGUUUUCCACCUUAGAACCCAAACAGCUGGAGUCAGCUCACCCCGGAUCGGCCGCCGUGUCCGAGCCGGUCUAAGGAGGACGGAGAGAAGGCCGAGGGAGAAAUAUGGAGAAGCAGAGAGAGAAAGAAAUGUGAAGUGAGCAUUUUAUUUGGUGGUGUGUCGAGUGUUUGAGGAGCACAGAAACGCGAGGAGGAGACAAGAGAAGGACCCCCUUCGUUUGAGUUGCCUGCUGGAGCUUUGAAGCUCAGCUUUGAUCUCAGCACACCGAGAUCAGGAGAUGGGGGGGAGAAUACACAUCAAAACGAGGAGAGGAAAGGAUUAUGGGUAGAGUAGCAUGACUGACGUGGAAUUUAAUAUGUCAAGGCAUGGCGCGUUGGUUAGGUUAGUGCAGGAAUUCCCACUGUAUAUAGAGCCAUUUAAAAAGCACUAGAGCAUGUGAAUUCUUUCACAAGUGGCGAACAUCUCUCUCUCUCUCUCUCUCUCUCUCUCUCUCUCUCUCUCUCUCUCUCUCUCUCUCUCUCUCUCACACUCACACACACACACACACACACACACACACACACAUAUACACACCCACACCCAGGUACAUGGACACAUGUCAUAUUCCAGUGGCAUAUGGAGAUGGAGAAGUCCCACGCUUCAGGGUGUCGCUAGUCUUCCGACUUUGGAUGUUUGCCGAACAAGCCCAUUUCGCCUCCCGCUGCUUGUCCACAGCUUCAAACUUCCUGUCGUUUCCCUUACCUCCGAAUGAAAGUGCUCCCGUAGUCCCAGUUACUACAGUGCUGCUCUCUCUGGGAGCUGUGCGUAGAGAUUUUGUAAGUCGGAGCUACAGCACGGCGCGACCCUCAAUACAAAAACGAGCACCCUGUCAACCAAACUUAGAGAUGAGUAAUAGAGUUUGACUGAAGACAAAACACACAGUUACACGUCUUCUGUAACGGUAGCUGCUCAACGGUAUGUUUUAAUCGUCAGACCCGGGCCCAGAGAUGGUUGGUUGUGGUGGUUGUGAUGCUCGCGUUGAGGUCUCCACAGGAAGAGACUCAAGUCCCGGAAAAAGGGAUCCCGAGUCCAGACUAACCCCUGCACCAGCGAUGCUUGCGCAGACGUACCGCGACUCUGGAAGCCGCAACUUUAAAACGACGGCGCCUUGCCGAGUUGUAACCCGGAGAAAUCCAGAAGGCAUCCUGCAUGCAGCCUCCCGUCCACGCCCUGCCGUCCUUCCAAACAGAGGAUGAACGCCAAGCUCAAGUCGGCCAUCCGAAACGUCCCCCCGAGGGUCCGCGCCGUGGCGCUGACUCCAGAGCUGCUACAAAGGAACAACGAAAUGGGAAAACAGACAGACAGAAGAGAGGGGCAGUGUGGGUAGGGUGGGUAGAACAGGCAAGACGCUAUCCAGGUACUAUCCCAGACUUAUACAAAUCUUUAUAGUCAGAACUUUCUUUGUAGACACUGGAGGUCUGUAAUAUAGUUAAUACAAAAGAUAAUAAUGCCCAUGAUAGUACUUAUCGCUGUCUGUUCUUGUUGUUUUAUAAAAGUGUUGUGAAAACUGUAAGAAAGUAUUUAAAAAAAAAAAAAAAAAAACGGUUGGUCUUUUUUUUUUUUAUUUAGUUUUUGUUCUGAUAAUAUAUUACUGUGUACCUAUUGUAAAUAUGAAGCAAACCUAUUUUGCAAGCCAAGGAUUCACUUUGUACUGUUGUUAUAUAUAAAUAAAUUUUACUGGUAUAAAAAAAAAAAAUAAAAAAAAAAAAGUUUGAA